AUUCCUGCCUCCACUUCACUUCAGAGCUACUCCCCCUGCGGAAGCAGCUGCGAAUGGAUUAUCGUCGUGCGCUGUGUCUCUGCAGACCAGAGUCCGAACACAGUGGACUAAAUUAAGACGACAGGGACAGAAGCGGCUCGGAGAAUACAGUGAAGACCGCAAUGAAGAUUAGCUGAACCGCGAACAGAGAGAACGGUGGUUCAACUUGUUAUGACCGACAAGCGGGGUGAACACAUGGCGGUGUAGCUCGUAACCUUCGGCGAUUAAACAGCAUCAACAAACAUUAAGGGCCAAUAAAGGUCGGAACUACCUGAAUACCUGCAGUGUUUCUCAGCAGUACCGUUAGCCUCGGCUCAGUGCACACAGCGCUGACAUUGAGAGACGAGGCUGAGAAGAAACGCAGUCCCCUGGACACGAGAAAGUUUGUGAAGCUUGGUGCAGACACAGCGGGUGAACAAUGGGGCUGACACCGACUAAGUCUCUUCUUUCAGCGACAGUUGUGUUAAUCCUGCUGACUGUCCGCUGCUCCGACGGUAUCUCAUUGUCCCCUCAAGAGGCGAGCCGUUUUCUGAGCAGACACAGGAGGGCUAAUCAGGUUUUCGAAGAGACAAAGCAGGGACACUUGGAGAGGGAGUGUGUGGAGGAAAGGUGCUCCAAGGAGGAGGCCAGAGAAGUGUUUGAAAAUGACCCAGAGACUGACUACUUUUAUCCAAAGUAUUUAGCCUGCAUGAACAAGUUUGGAGACUCUGAAAAGAAGAAACAGGAUCUGAUCACAUGUGUCCAUAAUAUUCCAGACCAGUGCUCUCCUUCUCCCUGUAAUGCCAGAGGUACAGUGCGCUGCGAAGACAAAAAGGGCGACUUCCUGUGUCACUGUUUUACAGGCUGGAUGGGAGCCAGGUGUGAGGAAGAUGUCGAUGAGUGCAGUAAGAGAAACGGAGGGUGUGAUCAUGUGUGCAACAACACUAUGGGCAGUUACCGCUGCUCUUGUCACCAAGGCUACAUGUUGGUGGGACGCCAGAUGUGUAAUGAUGUGAAUGAAUGUGAGGACUCAAAUGUGUGUGGAACAGCACGAUGUGAGAAUAUGGAUGGCAGCUACAAUUGCUUGUGUGAUGCCGGCUAUGUCUACGACAAUGAAACCAAGAGAUGUAUUGAUGUGGAUGAGUGUUUAGCAGGUGUGUGUGCAGAGGAGUGUCUGAACACUCCAGGGAGUUACCGUUGCUUCUGUGAUGGUCGGCAGGGCAUGAAGCUGGGCGAAGACCUCAGGAGCUGUAAGGCCAUCUCUCCCUGCUUGAUGCCUUCUCUGAGGAAGAACCCUCAUUCUCUUUACUUGGGCCGCAUGUUCAGUGGCGUGCCAGUGGUGAGGCUGCGUUUCCGUCGGAGGAUUCAAACUGGCUUUUCAGCAGAGUUUGACUUCCGCACCUAUGACCCUGAGGGGGUGAUUUUCUUUGCUGGAGGUCACUUAGACAGCUCCUGGAUCGUGCUGGCAAUUCAUCAUGGGAAGCUGGAGCUGCAGCUGAAGUAUGGCACAGUCAGCAGGGUUACCAGCAGUGGACCACUUGUGAAUGAUGGCCAAUGGAGAAAGAUCUCUGUGGAGGAGCAGGGCCGCAGUCUAGUGAUCAAAAUCAACACGGAGGCUGUGAUGAAGAUUGCAGUCAACGGUGAUCUCUUUACAGUGAAGAAAGGCAUGCAUGAACUCAACUUCACCGUGGGAGGAGUCCCCUUCAGAGAGGAUGGCCUUGUCAAUCAGGUGAACCCACGUCUAGAUGGCUGUAUGAAGGAAUGGCGGUGGCUGACGGGUGAAGACACCUCGAUACAAGAAACCAUCCAAUCAAAUGACAACAUGCAGUGUUUUAGCUCUGAGGAUCGAGGAGCAUAUUACCCCGGCACUGGCUUUGCUCUCUUCAACUUCAGUUAUGAAUUACAUAACCUGAGUGUCCAUUUGACCUUGCGUCCAACAUCUGCUCUGGGAGUGCUCUUUAUACUUGUUUACCAGGACAAAGUCCCUCUCUCCAUUGCUCUGGCCAACUAUCAUCCUGGCACUGGCGAAUGGCGAGAUUUUGUUCUGGUUUCUACAGGUGACUCCAUCAUUGCCAGUUUUCCUGCUCUACUGUGUGAUGGUGCGAGUCAUGCAAUUCAGGUGACAAUCUCAGGAAACCAGACCCUGCUGCUGGUUGACGGUCAGCCUGGACGAAGUGAAGACACUGAAGUUCCUACAAACCUGCUGUCACAAUCCAGCACCUUCACAGGAGGCCUCCCUGAUGAUGUUCCUUUGGUUUCCACACUGGUGUCAGCACCCUACAGUGGUUGUAUGGAUGUAAGCAUAAAUGGACACUCUCUGGACUUGGACCAGGCCAUCCAUAAACACAAUGACAUCCGCUCACACUCCUGCCCCCUUCUGGAUUUUCAACACUGACCAGUGUGCCAUUCUGCCAAAAACUGAUCCAUGUCCAUGGCCGACUGAGGUAAUGGUGAUGAUUUCCAGUAUGCAAGCUUUGACUGGUGAUGAGAUCUUUAAAAUUAGAAUUGAAGAAAAAAAAAAUAGACCAGGUUUUGUGAUGCAGGUGGGGCCUCUCCUUUUACUAUGAUGACACUGGUGCCUAUUGGUGAUAUUCACAGUACUGUAAAUCAAUAGAUAAGUUAGUUAGACAAUAAGUGACAUCCCCUCUACUAGGCAGAUCCAUGUUAGAGGCUUCGUCUUUGGUGAGUCUACCAUAACUGACAUCCUGUCCCUGGAACUUUGUAGACACAGUGGCUCUUCACUGCAGCGAUGUAGCUGUUAGAGCAGCGGUCAUGUUGCUUAAGUCCAGCUCACUGCAGACCCUGCCGCACAAAGUCUUAAUUAAUUAUCAAGUGCAUUCAAUUACACAAAAAUAAUCCCACACCAGAAUUGAAUGAAUUUUGGUGCUCAGAUCAUCGUGAGAUUUUAGGGGUUGAUUUAAGAUCAAUUUUAUUUUUCUCCCUUAAAAAGCUGAAUCCCCUUCCUCACCACAACAUGGAGGCUUGAUGUCACUUUUUAUCUCUUAAAAUCAUAAGAACAACCAACCUAAACUUUUUUUUUUUUCAUUUUAGAAUAUUUCAGCCUGUUCGAGAGCUGAUUCUCAAUAAUCUUUAGUUUAAUGUAAUCACAAAGGCCCCUCAUUACCCCUCAGAAACACCCACUCUGUAAAAACCCUGCUACCUACAUAGAUAGACUGUGUCUGAUAUAUGAGACAAAGAAGCACAGGAAGGGGCCAUGAAGGUGUCGAGAGAGAAAGAGCACUGCAUCAAUCGCACCACACAAGCUACUGAGAGUCAAAAGAGUGCGCUGUAAAAUACUGAGUUGUGUAAAUAAUGUGACCGUACAAUGCUUUGUAGAAGACAGAAAACAAACACUACCUUAUGCUCACAGAGGUUUUCUGCACAUUUAAAUUAAUCCAAAAUUGAACCGUAAUCCGAGUCUCUUAAAUGUUGAAAUUACAGCUCCAUCAUUUAUAUUUCUUGAAAUAGUAAUUAACAGACACGUUCAAAGUACCAUAAAACUUAUUGUUUAUUUCAUUUUAUUGGUGCUGAGCAAAUUAAAACACAAACAUAUAUAAAUAAAUAAGAAAGUCAGAGGAGCAUUGAGAAUGCUUUAAGGGCUCCAGUGUUAUUUUACUUCCUUCUGUAUUGUUACUUCUUCUUUUUUUCUGUUGAAAUAUAGAGCUUGAUGUGUUCUUGUUUUUUUUUUGUUUUUUUUAAUCAUGUCUUGUAUAUUGAACUUUUCUUUUGGUUUUUAUUUUUUCACUUUUACUGCCAGUAUGUGUUCACUGCUGAGAGAGUUAUUAUUACUUCCCUCAACAGAGAAAAUCCUAUUUAAGAAAAAUAAAAAAUAAAGCAGUUGUAUAAACAUCAUAGAGAUAAAUUGUAUUUUCACAAAAUUGAUUUGUAUCCCAUGUGAUUAUGUUAAAGAUAAAAUAUUCUGCUCUGCUCUA